CAGGAACAGUAUGUGAUUACAGACAUCAGGUAGGGAUGGACAAAAGAAACGGGUGAAGAGUGAGAUGGUGUUUAUUUAAAACCAUUUUCUCCUCAUUUGAAAGUUUUGCCGAAGCUAUUGUUUAGUUCCAGCAUAGAAAGUGAUCUUCUCUGUAGCUCAGCGUGAAAUGGGAGAAGAAAAGUAAGGAAACUGAUUUGUUGGAACUGUAGCAGGAAGGAGAAUGCAGCUGGGAAUUUUGCCUGGAGCGAGGCAGGCUGAAGAUCUGUGGUGAAAAGAAAAACCAUCAUAAAGAAGAGAUGAGCAGAGAACAAGAAGGAUGGAAGUUUGAAGCUGGGAGGGUGUGAUGGACAAGACUGGAGGAGGUGGGUGAUUCGCAGGAGAAUUGAAAAUGGACUUAAAAAGAAGGAGGCAAGAAGUCUUAUCAGAAAAAAAGAAAGGAUGCAAACUCAAUAUCUGAGCCAGAGAAUCCAGAAGAAUACUGCCAGAUCACACAUUAAAACUGGGCUUCAGAGUGGAUGAAGAUCCGCUGCCAUUAAAAAGAUGUCUGAGAACAACUGAUUCAGCUUGCACUUCAGCCUGUCUGGGAUCUGUGUUUCUGCACCUUCGCUGCACCCACUGUCUCAUUCUGCUAACGUGUUAUUUGAUGUUUGUGCACACACCCACAAUGUUGCAACACUAGACAGUCACAAACCAGCUCCUCCUGGUAGUAGCAGGUCCCUGGAUGCAGCCACACUGUCAGUGAAUGCUGCAAACACAUGCCUGCUCUCAGCUCUCAACUCAGAGCUCUUUUUUAAGUUCUUGCCAAGGAAGGAGGAGGAUGGAAAGUGUGGCUGGAGAGAAGAGACAGAAAGCAGAAAGAAAGCAGAUAAACUGAAAGACUUGAAGAAUCUAACUGCUCAAAUCUGGCUUGGCUCACUCUGUGUGACUGGAGGAUACCUACAAGUGAUCCCUCACAUACUUUGAAUCAAUCUGGACCUUUAGCGCUUUUUUUAACUGUUUACUUUCCUCUCUCCUUUUGCUUCCAUGAUGAGAAGAGACCGUUUCCUCCUGGCUGCAGCCCUUUCAGCCCUCUUCUCUGCAGAUUUCUACUUCAUCCUUUUGCCGAAGCUGCAAAACAGGAGACGCGCAGCGGGAAACAUUUGCUCAUGUAGUCCUAACAGCAACCUUAGCCUCCCCAGGUUGGAGGCUCUUGCCACACCGCAGCUGUCCAACUGGACUCUUACACCUCUUCCAAGUGAUGCAAGUGCACUUGAACUUGAUGAUAGAGGCUCCAAGCUGCAGAGGCUGUUUUCCCACCCUCUGUACAACAUUCAGACUCUGGAGUUGAAGCCAGAGGAGAGGCUGCUGCAGGUGGAACAGCUGAUAGAGUACUACAGGAGAAAGGUGUCGCACUGGGAAAGACGUAACAAACUGUACAACGAGGCAACUGCUUUGACCAACAUGUCCUUUAUGGAGCAAAAAAUGACUUAUGAUCCAAAUGCGAGCUGGCUGAAGUUCCACCUAGGAAUAAACCGCUAUGCUUUGUACUCCCGGGAUGACCCUGCCAUCCUCCAGCUUCUCACGGACAUGAAGAACAUGACAAUUGUUGGCGCAGAUUACACCCAGGAUGAGAAAGCUCUAAAAGGAGCCUGUGAUUGCAGUCAAGUGGUGAAACCGAGUGGACAUCACCUGAAGCUGGCUUUGAAAAUGCAUAACUUUGGAAAAGUAAUGUUCAAACCAAUGAGACAGCAGAGAGAUGAAGAAACUCCAGAGGACUUCUUCUACUUUGUUGACUUCCAGAGACACAAUGCAGAGAUCGCUGCAUUUCACCUGGACAGGAUCCUGGACUUCCGGAGGGUUCCGCCGGUGGUCGGCAGACGAGUGAAUGUAACUGGAGAAAUCCUCCAGGUAGCCCACAAUGAAGACCUGCGAGCCGUGUUCUUCACCUCACCAGCAAGCAACACAUGUUUCUUCGCCAAGUGCCUGUAUGUGUGUAAGACAGAAUACGCAGUGUGUGGGAGCCCAGACCUGCUGGAGGGCUCGCUUUCUGCCUACCUGCCCGGCCUCACCAUCGCUCCACGCCUCUCUAUCCCAAACCCCUGGAAACGUUCCUACAGCUUCUCUGGACAGGAGGAAUGGGAAGUAAAUCCUUUUUACUGUGACUCAGUUAAGCAAGCAUAUCCUUACAAUUCAGGAAACAGGCUGCUCAACAUCAUAGACAUGUCCAUCUUUGACUUUCUCAUAGGUAACAUGGACAGACACCAUUAUGAGAUUUUUACCAAAUUUGGAGAUGAAGGACUACUUCUCCACUUGGACAACGCCAGAGGGUUUGGGAAGCAUUCCCAUGAUGAGAUGUCUAUCCUGGCUCCUUUGUCUCAGUGCUGCAUGAUAAAGCGCUCCACACUUCUGAGACUCCAUCUCUUGGCCCGAUCAGACUUCAGGCUAAGCGAUGUGAUGAGAGAGUCCCUCAAGCAGGACCCUUUAAGGCCGGUCCUGACCGAGCUCCACCUCUUAGCACUGGACCGCAGGUUACAGAAGGUCCUAAGAGUGGUGCAGCGCUGCAUCAGGAGGUUCGGCCAGGAUGAGGUGAUCACUAAAGACUUUAUAAAGCCCACAGUGACUCCUCAGACUGCCACAGAAAUGAAAAAGAACAGAUAGCUAAGGAUUAAGCUGUUUUUGAAGACCUAAUAAUGGCAUACAGUCAGCUUGCGAACCAAGAUGGAUCUGAUUGCAGCUAAAGGAACAAGUUGUUAUGAGAUCUUGAAAUGAAAACAUCACUGAAAACUUCAGAACAUGUAGGAGAAAGAACGAACCACUAGAGGACCAAAUCAUAGGGAGAUCACAAGCAAUACAGACGCAGUACCUUCCAUAUAUAUUGGCACUACUGGUAAAGAUGUAGAAAAAGCCUUAAAAUAUACCUAUUUUUGUUCUUGUAGUAGCAUAGUUAAUGCUGACAAAAUAGAAAAUCCAGCCUUAAAUUUCAGACUCUUUAUUCUUUAGGAAUAAAAAGAUAUUCUAUGUUGACAACAUAUUUAUUUUUAACAAAAUCCCCAAAGACAUCUGUAAAAUACAUUAAACCUGAAGCUAUUUUUAAUUUGCUUUUCCUUAAUUGAUCAGAGUGUCAAAGAACUAAUAAGUUAUUCUUGUUCCCCAUUGGGUAUAAACAUGGACAGAGGCCUAUUUCUCUUGCAAAUUCUUCAAAAAUGGGAAAUACAUAAGAAAAUCUAAUUCAAGUUGUCAGGAAAUGGUUAGACUAAAAUAACCGGUUGCCUAAACUUUGCCAUAACUACUGUUUGGGUAGCCCUUAAAAAUUUAAAACCACUCCAAAUAUGACAAACAAGGUUUUUUUUUUGACACACUGAACAGUGGGCAGGAACUUAUAAGAGUAAAACUUUGCUGAAAGGUCACUGUCAGAGAGCUGCAGCAGACAGUGGCAAUUUGGCGUCACCAAGCCUGCCAACCAGAUGUUUGGUGUGCAAAGUUAAACAGGUGGGGUCUGCAGAUUGAACUGUGUUCUUUGGUCAGAUGACAUCAGGCUGUAGCUACUCUGUAAUGCCCACUCUAGAUAGAUGAAUAAAUGGUAAACAAUGUCAUGCUCACUGUGAAGCAUGGAUCAGGAUACAGGAUGCUUUGGGCCCAUUUCUCACACAGAGGUUCUGGGAAGUUUGUUCGAGUGUAUGGCAUCAAUGACUAGGACAUUUUAAAUCAGAAAGUAUUGGUCCACCAGCAAGGAAACAAUCUAAAACAUAAGGCUAAAUCCAGACAGAACCUAGGUUCACCAGAUAUGACCGUCUCAGUCCCAGACCUAAACCCCUUAGAGGACCUGUUGGCUAAACUGAAGAGAUGAGAACAUAAGAGAAGACCCAGGACUCUGGAUGAUCUAGACACACUGUAAUGUUACAGGUGCUGUCCUGUUGCACAAAGAGGGUUGAACAAAGUAUUUACAGAAGAGGUGCCCGUGUCUGUAGCACACAAUUUACUGCUUUCUCCCCUAAAUAAAUGGACUGAAAUUAAAGGUUGGAUUUUUCAACAUUUUUCAGAUGUCAUGCUACUGCUAUAAAAUAUUUGACAGUUUUUCACACAUCUUUGCCAGGGGUCCUAAUUCCUUUGGGGGGCAUUUAAACAACUAUAGUAGAGAGACGUCUUGCACUGGAUAUGAUGUUUAUCAAGUUUUGCAAGAUGUGCAAAGACAAAUAUUUUUUUAAACUCUAAAAUAAAGUUAUUUGAAAUAAG